GCUUGAAGAUUAAGUAGGAAGAAAGAGAGAGAGAGAGAGAGAGACAGACAGACAGACAGAAAGGCGAGCACUGAGAGCUCUGAACUGCAGGAUCUUUUCAAAGUAACAGGAGAUUUGGGAACUGUAUUCAGAAACUUUUCAGGUCUGCGUUACUUUAUUGUUAAUUACAUUUAUCUUUUCCUGUAUGCACCUUACAUUAAAUGAGAUAUAUAAUAUUUAAAAACUCAUUCAUAGUGUCUGAUAAGUUAAACAGCACCCCUGCCCCCCCCAAAAAAAUCUCUGAUGUAAGCAAUUUGUUUUGACAAAUCGAGUGAGCACUAAUCAAAGUUACAAAGUCAAAAUAGUUUCCUGAAGUGAGUUGUUACCUUCUGAAUGAACUAAUACAUUUAGUCACUGUGGAAUUUAUUAAGUCAGAAGCAUCUGCUAGAAGCAGUGGUGUUGUCAAGUGUAUCCGACGCUUUUCCGGGAGACAGCCUCUUUGACUUUAGAUGGUUCCUGCAGUAUGUCCAUGAUGACUUUUGGAUUCACUCAAGAACAAGUAGCUUGUGUGUGUGAAGUACUACAACAAGGUGGAAACAUUGAACGUCUGGGAAGAUUUCUCUGGUCUCUUCCAGCAUGUGAUCACCUGCAUAAGAAUGAGAGCGUCCUCAAAGCCAAAGCUGUGGUCGCCUUUCAUCGAGGGAACUUCAGAGAGCUCUACAAGAUCCUAGAAAGUUACCAGUUUUCCCCUCACAACCACCCAAAGUUACAGCAACUGUGGCUGAAAGCUCAUUAUGUGGAGGCAGAAAAAUUAAGAGGCAGACCUUUGGGAGCUGUUGGAAAAUAUAGGGUUCGACGGAAAUUUCCACUGCCAAGGUCUAUUUGGGACGGUGAAGAAACUAGUUACUGUUUUAAGGAAAAGUCACGCAGUAUCCUUAGAGAAUGGUACCUCCACAACCCUUAUCCUUCCCCACGUGAGAAGCGUGAAUUAGCUGAAGCAACAGGACUGACAACUACACAAGUCAGCAACUGGUUUAAGAACAGAAGGCAGAGGGAUCGAGCAGCUGAGUCAAAGGAGAGAGAGAACAUAGAAAACCCCAGUCAGAAGUCAUCUCAGAAGCAGGUGUCUCCAGGAAUAGAGAUGGGAAGUGGGAAUAAUCUGUUGCCGAGCUCAGACGAUGAGUUGUCUUCCCCUGAUAGCCCUGCAGUACAUCCUGGGAGUCCAUCACUCAUGUACUCUGCAGUAUCCUUCACAGGGCACCCAGGAAAUGUCAGUCACCCACAUUCACUAGGUCCUGUACUACAGCAGAGACCCGAUCUCUUACAUCAUCGGGCCUUGCAGGAUUCCAUCCUAGGCCCUUUGACCUCCAGCCUUGUUGACUUGGGAUCCUGAAAUAUUCCAACUGGAAGAAGGAGAGAAAAUGGUAGUCACAAAACUGUAUGGAUCUCUGAAGCCAGUUGCUAAGUAGCAAUGUACCAGGGUAUUUACCACAAAUGUAAAGCAUAGUUUUUAAAUGACUGCAUUCUUAAUACUCUAUUCCAGCUUCUCUGUGGUCCACCUCGAGGUUAUUUUCUGGAUGGUAGGUACUAAGCUGUGGUAUCACCAGCAGGAUUGGCCUCAGGUAUUAUAGUAAAGUUUAAAAGCAAAUAAAUGAUUUCCUGAAGCUUUCAGAAUCUUAGAAGCACUGAAUAAGUUCUGGUCUAAGUAUCUAUCCAAGUCUCUGAUGUAUUAGCUCUGUCACAACUUACCAGCAUUGCACCUCCAGUCAGGUCAAGGUGUAAAAGCAGAAAGCGAUCUUCGCCCCAUGGAGCUAGUGAAGUUACAUGAUUACAGAUAUAGUUUCUUUUAUAUUUUUUGUACUACAGUUCUAUAAGGAUGACCUCCACUAAAUAUAAAUUAAGUCUUCUGACAGCUGUCAAACUAAAUAUUGCUUCUUCUGUUUCACAUGCUCCCAUUCAAAAUAUCUUAAUCAGUUUGAAGUCUACAAGAAAAGAGAAGAAUUACUUUUCAUUCACUGUUGUAACGGCACUGUGUUAACAUCUGUAAUGGGACAAGUUAUGGUAACUUUAAAUCAACCAGUAACAAAUGUACAUUGAUUCAUUAAUGCAAAGUUCUGUUAGCCAUUUGUUCUAUUUUAAAUGUUCACAUGAUCUGUAGUGACUGCCUCAGCUACAACCUUCUAAUUUCAUCAAUAUUCAAAUGAAAAUAAAGAUAUUUAUGUGUCAUGAAAAAGAACUGGUCAGUACAACCAACAUAAUCUGCUGGCAAGCAGUUUGGAAAUGGAUACAGUUUGGGUGCUGAGGCCCAUAGUUUUAAUAAAUGUAAUAUCUUGUUCCACAAUUGCAGUCUGUUUCAUUAUGUAAUCAUUUCUCUGUUAAGCAAAUGACUUGCUGUAAUUUAAAGUGCAUCCCAAUCAAGAAAAAUAUUGCCUUUAUAAAAUAAAUGGACUUCAUAAAAUAA